AUGCCUUCCUCCUCCCCCUCCCCCAUGAAGCGACCGUCGCUAACCGAGCGUGCACCCUCAACACAUUCUCUAUCCUCAUCAGGCAAACAGACAACGAUGCACAAGGUCCACCGUCCUCAUGUUGUAAGUCGUCAUUCAAGAAACGUCUCACACGGGAAGGGGCUCGGUAAAUUGGGCAAAGUUCACUCGACAGCGAACAUUGCUUCAGACGCGCAUCCACACCCACACCAGAGGAAGAAAUCAACUGGCUCCACGCCCCCUCAGAGCCCUGGGGUCCCACUGGUGCGUCGGAACGCUUCGCAAGCUGCAUUGGCCAAGAAUCUUUCCCAUGGCAACCUGCGGAAGAAUCAUUCGGCAAAUACCCUGGCAAGAAACCUCUCCCACCCAGCAUUAAAGAAGGUUGGUCUAGCGCCUGCCCCCAAGAGGAAGAACAAAGAUAGAAGAGAUAAUGUCUUUCAAAUCGGCGAUCACUCCUCAGAGGAUGAAGAGGAGGCAGAAUGGGAGGAUUCUACAACACAAUCGCCGGAAGCCACUCGCAACAACUCAAAGACAUCCACCCCAGCUAGGACGGCGACCCCCAACGGCGAGUCCAUCCCCAAGGAACAUCAUGAAACUUCCAUCAGUCAUCCUUUGCACACAUCAUCACCACCUCAGCCUUCUCUUAAGAACAAUAACCGCUCCGCACCCAACCUGUGGAAGCAGUCUGAUAUGUCUCCCUCACGGACCCCGCCUGAACCACAUUUGCUUCAACAGAAGACACGUGGAUCUCGAGCACCUCCUGCAAUGUCCACCAUCUCAGCACAUGUUACACCAACCCAAUUGACACGAACAGAGUCCUCCAAGUCCUUCUCCCAAAUCACCCACGCCGAAGCAGCAUCUAUGAAUUCCACGCCAACCACGCCCGGUCCUGGGCAGUCUUCUUUGAUCGAUGGCGGCGUAUCGCAUUUUCUUGAGGACCCAGCUUCUUCACAGCGAAUCAUUGAUGAGGACUUGGACUCGGGUUCACCUUCAGGGUUUCUUUCAAAUUACAAACCUCAGCCCUCGGAGAGUCCUGAGAAAGCACGGACAUUUCACAAACCACGAGGCCAACAAGCCCCCUCGCGGACACAGCAGAAACUUGAACUACAGAGGAGGGAGAUGAUACGUGCUAGUGCAUCGACACCAACCACACCGCCCCCCUCAGGAAUGGGAUUGGACCUGGGAUCUUCGACCUCUUUGCAAAGUAGAACAGGAUCAAGAAGUCGAAACAGAAACCUAGCAGGCGGCCGUACCAUUGCUGGAGAGAUCAAAGCUGUUAAGCAAGACUACGAGGGUGCAAUCAAGCAGCUAACAGUGGUAAGAAGGUUUCGAAGCCCGAUCGUUGAGAGCAUGAUCAGACUCAAAGAAAGUGGAACACUGCCUCAGGACGUUGGGGCAGUCUCUGUCGGUGGGGCAUUCUCCAAGAGCAGGCCACAAAGCAGGCGCGGACAGAGUUCGAAUAAUGCCAACGGACAUGCUGCGAAAAGUGGUGUUAGCCGCAGCCUAGAGGACAGAAAGCCGUCCCCCUUGGCUUUGCGAUCGUCCAGUCGAGGAGGAGGGAGAGUCCACUUCCAAAGACAGACCAGUCAUGACGAUAUUGAAGUCACUCCAUCACAUGGCAGCCUGGACGAGUUGCAGGACGAUGAACAAGACGGGCUCUCACCGGAAGAGGCUUUAUUACGCCGGAUUUGGGACAGCCGAGAAGUGUAUGAUUCUGGAGAGCAAGUCGGACCACGAUGA